CUCCUUCAAAGACCUCAGCCCUCCAAGCUCUUCCAAACCAAACCAAGCACACCAUGAAUCUCAACAGGAAAUAUGCCGCUCUGCCCGACCUGGACUCCGCGCCAGACAUCUACGAAACCCCCUCCCUAACAGACGACAACUCCACCGCCCCCGACGGCACCGCACGCUCCGGCUCCGCCUCCUCCCACUACACUGACUUCGACUCCCCCCCCGGCACGCCCUCGCACUCCCCCCAAAUCUCGCGCGCCAGGCUACACCCCGACACCGCGCGCUCGCGCUUCGAGCCCUCCCUCAUCGACGCCAAAGAUGUCGAUUUCAGCGACCGCAUCAGCGGGAAGAAGAAGAGUUACCGGGCGAGCAGCCGGCGGGUGCGGGUUCUUGCCGAUGGGACGAGGGAGAUGGGGGAUCUGAGUGAUGAGGAGGAUGGGGAGGGGUUGGAGAGGAAGAUGGCGAGGUUGAGGAGGGAGGUGGAGGAGGUGAGGGUGGAGGCUGAGCAGAGGAGGAGGGGGAGGGAGGGGAAGGAUGACGAUGAGGGGGGGGAGGUGGAGGAUGAGGCGGUGGGGUUGAGUCGGUUGUUGGAGGAGUUGGCGAGGCCGGUGGUGGGGGGUGAGGGGAAGGCGUCGAGACUUUCGAAAGCGCUUAGCAAGCCUUUACCCCCAGCUGAGGCGGCGGCUUCGACAUCAGAACCGGCGAGCAAGCAGCCUACCGAUGGUGCUGGGCCGGCGACAUACACAGUGACCUACGCGCCGUCCUACGACCCCACACAUACCCUCGCACGCAUCACAACCUUCGAUACCCGUCUCGCAUCUCUCGAAUCCGCAUUGGGUCUCCCCCCCGCAGGUUCAAACGCCAUCCACCCCAUCCUCCCUGCCCUAACAACCCUCUCCCAAAAGCUCUCUGUGAUCGGCUCCGCCACCCCCUCGAGCAUCGAUGCUCUCUCGCGCCGCGUGCGCGCACUCACCGCCGAGACCGAGAAAAUGACUGCUGUGAAAGAGGCUGCUCGUGCGGCUACACCCGGUGGUGGUGGGGACGAGGAGAAAGACGAGGAUGACGAGCAAGCGGCGAAGAUAAACGCGUUGUUCGGGACGUUGGCGACGAUCGAGGGGCUAGCGCCGUUGUUGCCGGGGGUGUUGGAGAGGAUGAGGAGUUUGAGGAAGGUGCAUGCUGAUGCUGCCGGGGCGCAGGGGGAGAUGGAGGAGGCGCUUAGGAGGCAGCAGGAGAUGGGGGCGGAGAUUGAGAAGUGGAGGGUUGGGUUGGAGAGGGUGGAGGAGGCGGUGAGGGAGGGGGAGAGGGUGGGGGGGGAGAAUGUGAAGACGGUGGAGGGGUGGGUGAGGGAGUUGGAGGAGAGGGUUAAGGAGUUGGAUGGUUGA